UUGGAGCGGGUCCUCCGCUUUUCCGCACUUCUUAUGUGUUGCUUUUUUAUAUUUUUGUUGGGGAUUUAACCUUUUUAUAUAUCCUUUCACAUACCCUCCCCUAUACCUCGCCUGUCUUAUCACUUGGCAAAAGGUGAACCCUUCGUGUUAUAUUUUCUCUUUUUUUUUUUUGUUUUGUUUCAUCUGUGCUUCGAAUUGUAGUUUACCCCUCCUGAUGGCUUCGCACAGCGAUACUCUGGUGGUUUUCUUUGGGGCAACAGCUGGUGCAAAUGGGGCUAAACUGGGUUCGGAUGAGAGGGAAUUAAUUCUCUUGGUGUGGCAAAUUGUGGAUCUUCAGAACAACAAGUUUGGGGAAACGCACAGGUGUCUUGUGAAGCCCGAUAACUUGGAGCUAAGUGAACAGUGCAAGGAGGACACGGGCCUUUCGGUUGAGGAGCUGAGCCGAGCUGAACCUCUGGACAGGGUCCUACAGCAGUUUCAGCAGUCUAUCUCUAGUGAGCUAAAGUCACUUGGCAGGAACUCUUAUGUCCUUUGCACAGAUGGACCCCAGCUUGUCCGACAAGUCAUCCAUCCAGAGGCUUCCAAAAAGAACCUGGUUUUGGCAGAUUGCUUUUAUUCUUUUUUUGAUCUGCGAAAGGAGUUUCACAAAUGCUGCCCAGACACUGGCAGUGCCAGAGAUCAAACCCUCUCUUCAAUGGCAGAGUUUUUAACACUUUCUGCAGAAGAGGGAGAAAAGGGAAUCUGUGAGGUGAAGACCAUGGUGGCCAUCAUUGUGCAACUACUGUCAGAACCCUGGAAUCACAAGUUUGCCAACUUUGAAACUGUGAAAUGCAAAUUUGAAACUGGUGCAUGCAGCAAGUCGGAGGUGGUGGACAGUGAAACAGUAAUCCGUGCAAGAGGUCUACCUUGGCAGUCUUCAGAUCAGGACAUUGCUAGAUUUUUCAAAGGUCUCAACAUUGCCAAGGGAGGUGUGGCACUCUGCCUCAACGCCCAAGGACGGAGAAAUGGAGAGGCCCUGGUUAGGUUUGUUGAUCAAGAGCAUAGAGACUUGGCAUUAGAGAGGCACAAACAUCACAUGGGUAGCAGAUACAUAGAGGUUUAUAAAGCCACAGGAGACGAGUUUUUAAAAAUAGUAGGUGGUACUUCUAAUGAAGUGGUACAGUUCCUUUCAAAGGAGAACCAAGUGAUAAUCCGCAUGCGCGGUUUGCCAUUCACCGCAACUGCAGAUGAUGUCCUAGGCUUUCUAGGAACUGACUGUCCUGUGACAGAUGGAAAAGAGGGGCUGCUUUUUGUGAAAUAUCCAGAUGGGAGACCUACAGGGGAUGCUUUUGUGUUGUUUGCUUGUGAGGAGUAUGCUCAGAAUGCAAUCAAGAAGCACAAGGAAAUUCUUGGAAAGCGUUACAUUGAACUCUUUCGAAGCACUGCCGCAGAGGUUCAGCAGGUAUUAAACCGGUAUCUGUCAACUCCGCUCAUCUCCACUCUCCCUCCUCCUGUACUCCCUAUCAUCACACAGCCAUUCAUAACAACCGGCAAUACACGAGAUUGUGUACGGCUCCGAGGACUUCCUUAUACAGCCAGCAUUGAAGACAUCCUGGAGUUUAUGGGAGAGUUUACUGUGGAUAUCAAGCCUCAUGGUGUUCACAUGGUCCUCAACCAGCAGGGCCGACCAUCAGGAGAUGCUUUUAUCCAGAUGAAGUCUGCUGAACGAGCUUUUCUUGUUGCCCAGAAGUGUCACAAGAAGAUGAUGCGUGAUCGCUAUGUUGAGGUGUUUCAGUGUUCUGGAGAGGAGAUGAGUUUUGUUUUAAUGGGUGGCACAUUAAAUCGUAGUGGCUUAUCCCCGCCUCCGUGUAAGUUACCAUGCCUUUCUCCACCUGGUUAUGCUGCCUUCCAAACUGCUCCUACUGUGAUCCCAGCUGAUGCAGCAUUGUACCAACCCCAAGCCAUUCUUGCUUCACCUCGUACUCCCCAGCCGACAACUGCAACUUUGCCUCAGACGGUUGCCUACUACCCUGCACAAGCACAUGCUCAACUCUAUAUGAAUUAUACUACCUAUUACCCUAGCCCCCCUGUUUCGCCAACCACUGUAAGUUACUUUGCUGCUCCGGGCUCUGUGGCAGCUGCUGUUGCAGCCCAGGCCUCACAAAGCCAGAUGUUACCACAGCCGGGGGCAUUGGUUCGCAUGCAAGGACUUCCCUAUAACACAGGUGUCAAAGAAAUUCUCAGUUUCUUUCAAGGUUACCAGCUGCAUCCAGAUUCUAUACUUGUGUUGUACAAUUUCAGUGGCCAGCGCAGUGGCGAAGCUUUGGUUACCUUUCCAAGUCUUGAAAUGGCAAAGCAAGCUGUGGCUGAGCGGUCUGGUCGCACUAUUGCAGGCAGAUACAUUGAUCUUUUUGUGGUAUAAUUUUUUUGGCUUGGCAGAUGGAAAGGAGCACAGAUACCUCUGGAAGACUUUUUAAUUAAGUUGUUCCUGUUAAAGUGCCUAUUUUUGUUUUAAACCUGUCCUGAAUGCUGAAGUUUGAUUGUUCAAAAGAGACCUGAUGGGUAUACCUCAAAUGGCAAAUCACCUACCUAGCUGAUCAGCGUGUGGGUGAAAGGACCUAAAAGGCCAAGCACUUCAGUGUACUGCUGCUCUAUAGCCCCAACUUUUCUUUUUUUUUUUUCUUUUUGCACACAUCCCAGCAUCUGAGAUUCUACAAGUUGUUUGAAGAAGCAGUCACUCUCCUUAAUGCCUGCACUCUGAUCUGUUUAUGAACUAGCAUAAUUGGAAACCUUGGAUUUAUAAAUAUGAAAAGCUAUUUUGUACCUGUAUUUCUGGCCCUCAAAUCUUUGGAAAGAUUCAAAGUACCUCUGUUUUUGUUCCAUCUGUUUCAUCCUGGAUGUCCCAUUACCGGCUUGCUGGGGGGUCUGAAGUUCUGUGAAGUUCAUUUACUUUACAGUGCUACAAGAGCCAACAGUCUGCCUUCCAUUAAUGUAAAUCCUGGUUGCCAUUCCCAUUUGUUUUUACAGUGAAACACACCUCAGAGGAUACAAUAAGUCUAUAAAAAAUGGAGACCUUGGAAAUGUUUUCUUCUUGAACCCAAAUAGAUGGACUUGUAUACAUUCAUAAGAAUCUACAAAAACCUGGACAUCCGAGAUUUGUUUCCUUAAACAGUUCUGUACCCUUGUGUGCCUUCAAAACAUUUAACACUUGAGAAUUGAGUCCAGUGGAGCUGAGGCCAGCUUUCAGUUACUAUGCCUUAUAGUGCAUGUUAUGUAGAUUUUUUUUUUUUUUUUUUCUGUAUGUGGACAAACCAUACUGUGUAUUGUAUAUGCAUAUGAUUGACUUUAACUGUAGUUGUCUGAAAGCAAUCUGCUACAUGGACACCUUGACUCGCUCAUUAUUUUAUGCCUUAAAUGAGUGUCCAGAGCAGCAGAAAAUGUAUGAGAACCUCAACAGAAUAGAGCUUGAGGUUUUUGUUUUUGUUUUUUUUUAUUAUUUUAACAAGUUUGAAACUUGUUUGAUUUGAGAGAUUUGUAUGUAUCUUUAAAAUAAUAAACAAAAACCUAAUAUAA